AUGUCGUCACCAGUAAUGGAAGUUGUCAGAGAAACAAAAGAGGUAUGAAAGAAUUACAGCAAAUGCGUGAGCUUAAUUCCUCCCCACCUGCUUCACGUUGAGUAACAAUCACUAGGUAUUAGGUGAGGGUCUCAUUGAAUUGGGGUGGUACCUUUGACGGCUCAUGAUUAAUUUUUUCUAGUUUUGAUGGUUGACGGUUAUUAUGUGGAAACCUAGUCAAGAGUUUACCGUAAUGAUUCGAUUUAGCGCCCGGGGCGCCUAUUGACCUUUGCUACCUCAAGCGAGGGCGCUUAUUCGAGAGAGGGCUCUUAUCGUUUUUUGAGAAACAACAGAAUGUUCAAAACAAAACUUUACUGAAUAUUUGUUACAAAAGGGACAAUAACAGAAACUGUAACAAUAACAAAUAUACGAUCUAUGUUCAGUUAAAGUGAGAAACUCUAAGACCACUGUUUUUGUAAUGUGGCAUUACCGUUCAUUUGUGAGCAAUUAAGGUGUUUCGAUAUAGUUUUUCAGAGGCCAUACCGAUAUUUUUCAAUCGCUUUAAAAGUGAUUUUGUCCUUGCCUGAUCGCUAUAAAAUUUUCACAAAUGAUUAACUAUAGAAUAAAAAAUUGGCAAAUUGUAGGUUUUAGUAAAAUCCAUGUUACUAUGACAACAAUAAACAAAAAACCUUGAAACUGACGAACGCCUAAUUUUGGGCGAUCUAGACCAGCUUCUGAAAAUCCAACAUUAGGAACUUAAAGUUUGGUGUUUAGCAAAUAACCUCCAUAAGAAGUAAAAAAUUCUGCAUGUUUGAAUUCAACUAAAACGAAAAUAUGUUUCAAAUCUUACAUUUUCAAUAGCCGUGAUAGAUUAUUUUACUUAAAACUACAUUCUCAUAAAUUUCAAUCCAUAGCCAAUUACUGGUGAAAAUUUUAAAGCGAUCGGAGGAGGAAAAAAACACUUUUAAGGCGAUUGAAAAAUAUCGGUAUUGCCUCUAAAAAACUGUAUCGAAACACCUUAAAGGAAGAUGAACCUCGGUUGAUAUAUACGUACCCGUAUGCUAAUAUUGGGGUACUUAGCAGAAUAAGGGCGCUUAUUGGAAUGAGGGCGCUUAUUAAGAAAAACACCUUCCAAGGGGCGCGCUUACUCGAAAGAGGGCUCUUAUCGGAAGGAAGGCGCUAAAUCGAAUCAUUACGGUAAAUAAAUAGUUCUAUACAAAUCAAUAUUAUCUGUUGUGUUUCAGAGGUUGUCUGGACCUUUCACUCAUAAAAUGUCGAAGUAUUUUGAAAAUGUAAGAUUUUGUAAUGUAUGGAGAGAGCCUUAUUAAAAACAUGGGAAGAAGCUUUUCUAGUUUAGAGAUUCUUCAGAUCAGCUGAAAUAAUGAGUUUGAAAUACCUUGAAACUUUUUACCGUUAAUAUUUAUCUACAAUCUUGACAGUCGACAUCAAAAGAGGCGGAGAGGAAAAUUUAGAAACAUUAAGGAAAGAGGCAACUGGAAAAUGAAUCCAUUCGUUAAUGUAUUUUGUAUUUAGAUACGUUAUGUUUCUCUUCUCAACAGAUGGAACUCACCUGGGCGAAGAGCAUGGAAUGCAAAGUCAUAAUGGCGAAUGUUCGACAAUACGCAGGAGGAGCUUAUUUAAAAGCUGUUACAAAGAAGGGUCAUGAACGGGAAGCAAGGAUAACCGUGGAAUUUACGGGAAACGCUUAUGAGGAAACAACAGGUAUUUUGAAUAUAUGGGCAUACGAGUAAGACAAGUUUAUGCACCCGUUUUCUUUCUUUGUUUUUUUUUUGUGCAGCGACAAAAUGUCCUCAUUUGGAUCAAAGUUUAUACUUUUCGUCUUUGGCAACAAAAUUUAUUGAAGCGGAUCACGAUGACAAAAAAAGCCAGUACGUUAAGGGAUGGGAAAGAUGGGAAACUUGUUGAUCUCGCGAAAUUGAAUUCAUAUGACUUGUUUUCCCGCCAAAAAUAUCACUAAUUAAAAGUAACAGCUUCCUUUGUUUUGACCAACUUUGUCGACUUUCAUACUAACAAGAUGACGCAAACGACUGUGUAGAGGAAUGAAAACAUUUUGUCAUACGAAUCUGCUCCACAAUAUCUUAUAAUAAGAAUUAACUCCUUUUCUUUAGGAGGGAUUGGGUAUCCAUUGUGUAUGGGAAAAUUUGAUCCAGUUCUAGGCAAUUUAGCAAAGAGUACUGGAAAGUACUAGCGAUCACUACGCUAGCUCUCGAUGUUUUUGUAUCAAAAAUCGAACGAGUGAGAUUUCUGGCAUGCGUAAGACCUGUUCGCGCGAUUUUUCCAUGACUGAGGUAAUUCUAUAUUUAUGUAUAAUUCUAUAUUUAUUCAUUUAUGUAAUUACGCAUGUCAGAAAUCUCACUCGUUCGAUUUCUGACAUGCGUAAAGGUGAUGUUACACGAGACGAUUCGCAACGACGAUUUAUAGCGCAACACAGCUUUACAAUUUUGGAACAGUGUUGCAACCAUUUGAAACGAUGUCGCAACAAUGUUGCUACUCUGUGUGGUGCUAAAAAUCGUCGUCGCGAAUCGUCCCGUGUAACAUUACCUUAAUUACUGUUGGCGCAAACUUUUCUUGACUGAGGUAUUAAUAAUUCUAUAUUUAUGUAUCAGAUAUAAUCACCAGCCGGUGACCAAAAUGUACACUGUUGUAUACCCAUGUAUUUCAGAAUUCUAUAUUGGGCAGCAUGACAUGCCAGGAUACAACACCUUCUCGUGCUAUAUAGAGGGCCAACAAUACUUCCUGUGUGCAGAGAAUAACGAAGUGUUUCUGAUGGUAAGAAACAAUACGAGUUAAGUAAAAUGGCUUAAUGUAAUGACAACGUUAACUGAAUUCCAAGGUGGAAGUUAAGUUUGGUUCAUCUUACGCAUACCCCAACAGAUUUUAUGGCGAAAGGUCGAAGGACUUUUCUGUAAACCUUGCAUUAUUUAGAGUUUACAACUGAAGCAAAUUCCCCCACAAAAUCGAGUAUUCCUCUUUUAACCCAGCUCUCUAGGGUUGCUAAAUGGAAUUUGAAAGAGCGGAGUUGAAAUGGCCCCUCUGCUACUUUGCCCUUCAUAAUAGUCGAGAUCAAGGUGGAAAAUUAUCGAACGUGAUGAUCUAUUUUUUGCGCAGAAAAACACAGUCUCAAGGGUUUACACGGCCUAAUGCCAGUGACUCACAAAGCCACUCUUUUAAAUCGAUACAUAAUAUGACACAGUAACGUCAUUUUAUCAUGUUUAUCACUUUCUUUUGUGCUUUCAAUAUAGAGUUUCUCCGAUAGCGAGCCUACUGAUGCCAGGUUCUUGUUCCACGUUGAAAAAGCCAGUAACGUUUUCUGCAAUAUAAAGUCGGCUGUUAACCCAGAAAUGUUUCUGGUCAGUGAUGAGUCAGGCAAGGCAACCAUGAGGCGGAAAAAGGGCCGUACAACCUACGACAGACAAGCCUGGUUUCGAUUUUUACCAGACGGUGACAUGGUAACGACUCCAGUUGGUGCAGAAACCAUCUUUAAAGCCAAAACGUUUGAAAUCCAGGAGGCUGUUUCUUGUAAUUAA